GCCCAUGGCGGCGCGUGUGAAAAAUCGCUGUCAUGAAGACGGUCUUCGCUAUGCAGGCGAGCCCGCUGAUGCAGCAUUGCUUCCCUGGCUCUUUGGGGUACAGCAAAUGCUGCCGCUACGCUGAGGACUCCUGGAUGAGAGAGACUAUGCAGCCCAUGUGCUGGCCCGAUGGGAAGCGGAACUUUGAGCAAUGCUGUUUUUUCCGCUUUGGGCCCACUCUACGGGGGCUGCCGUUCGAAAGUGAGGAUGCUGAUGGCGUGGUCUUCGAUUUUCGCUCGCUGCAGCUGAAGCUCAGGUCCUCGGGCUCGCCGGGCUUCUGGCCAGCAGCCUGGAUCUUUGCGCGGCUGCUGGCGGAUGUACGGCAGGCGCAACAGCAGGCGGAUGCCUUUCACUGGCCGGAGGGCGCUGAGCGAUUGUCCCGUCUACCAGAUCGUCCCCUGCGCAUCCUGGACGUCUCCUGCGGCGCUGGUCUCAGCUCCGUGCUGGGCGCCGCCAGGGGCCACAACGUGUCCUGUACGGAGGUGACCACAGAGUUGCUGCAACUGGCAGGCCGCAACGCCGCGAAGAACGGCGUGAAGCUGCGCCUGCGGAAAUGGGAUGUGAGGAGGGAGCCUAGUUGGAGAAGACCACGGACUCGCUUUGACCUAUGUCUACUGGACCUGACCUAUUUCAAUCUCCAUUACCGAAAGUUGCAAUUGAAUGAGAUGCUGGAUGAGACUCAACAUCCUCCAAUCAGCCGCGUGUUACCCGUGGCCCUGCGACAUCUGCGGAGUUUCUUGGGCGACUGCUGCCUCUAUGCCUUUGCUGUCGUGGAAUCAGACUGGAAAGUUAUCCGUGAAGGGUUGCCCGAAGAGAUGGCCUUUUCCAACUUCACCUCCGAGCUGCUGCGCAGCUUGCGCCACUUCAGCGCCAGCGACCGCAGCGAUGUGCUGCGCGACUGCGGUGCCGGCCACACAGGGAAAGCCUUGCUGCGGCCGCCGCCCAGCAUCAGCCCGCUGGGAUGGCUGGAGAAUGCGGGUUGGACCCCACCCAUCUUCCACCACCUGGUGCUCUGGUGACGACCAUACCUUGGUCUCGGAAGAAUGAUAGCGGAGGAGAUGGACUUCGAGGACGUACAUCCAGCGACGCAGAUCACUGCAGCGAAAAAGA